AGUCCGCGUCGGAGAGCUGCCCGCGACGCUCGUCUGCGAGUUCAAUCCCUCAGAUACGCUGCUGGUUUACGGUGAGCCGUAACACGACACGUUUGGAGGGACCGCUACGCGUGUGUCUGGUGCUUUGUGAACUUCGGAUACUGUGUUUCUUGUGACAAGUGACAAUGCAUAUGUGCUGAUUUCUCCAGUCAUCUUCUUUUAGGAUUUUUGACGACGCAACUAGUUCCGGAUCAGCUCAGCCGAUUGUCGUUAUGAAAGUAGUCAGCCUACAACUGCCAUCCGGGCCAAGUAUGGAGCGACUGCCGCUGCCAUUUAGCCCAACGGAACUUUUGUGGCGGUAUCCCCUGCCAUGGGCACCGCCACCACCCUCACCGCUCGGUGACACCAAAGCCCAACUGCCAGCGGGUCUUCCACCAGAACCCAGACUCUGGACAAGGGAAGACGUUGUAGUAUUUUUAAAAUGGUGCGAGAGGGAAUUUGACUUGCCCAACUUCGACAUGGAUCUCUUCCAAAUGAAUGGCAAAGCGUUGUGCUUAUUAACAAAAACAGAUCUAGGCGAACGUUGCCCAGGAGCCGGUGAUGUGUUACACAAUGUUCUACAGAUGUUAGUUCGUGAUGCAGCACUUUUGGGAAGAGUCCCAUCAUCACCUGUAACACCAACAGCGCGCGCGGCUCCAUACCCACCCUCGCCUCACUCUCACCCACCUACCCCUACCUGGGCUGUCGACGGCUUUCAUCAUUUUCAUAGUGCUGCUGCCGCUGCAGCACAACCUAACUCCGUAACAUUAAGUCCAGCUCCUUCAGUGGAUAGCUCCGGAAGCCCACAACGUGGGGAAUCAAUGAGUUAUGUGACGGCAUAUGCGCCUCCCGUUCCUGCAACAACCCAAGCUGCCAGUUCUGGAAGCAACCAUUCGGAUUCUGAUGAAGAGGCUCAGUUUGCGCCACCACCUCGGUCACCUAAAGAAACCCCUCUUACGAGUCCAGCACCGCAAAACCACACAACCCAACACGGUCACUAUCGCACGCAACACAGAGAAUUCUUCCCUAAUGAUAUGCCCGAGUCAAAUACAAAUGGUAGACUUUUAUGGGACUUCCUACAGCAACUUCUCAAUGAUCCUACUCAGCGAUACACAAAUUACAUUGCAUGGAAAAAUAGAGAUACUGGAGUCUUCAAAAUUGUCGACCCUGCUGGACUGGCAAAACUUUGGGGCAUUCAGAAAAAUCACCUGUCGAUGAACUAUGACAAGAUGUCACGUGCUCUUAGAUAUUAUUACCGCGUCAAUAUUUUAAGAAAAGUGCAAGGCGAGAGGCACUGUUACCAGUUUCUCAGAAACCCUACAGAAUUAAAAAAUAUCAAAAAUAUAUCUCUGUUACGUCAGCAAAUGAGCCCUACAAGAGUGGCUCAACAACCAGUGGUAAAGUCGGAAAUGAAAGAGGAACGUUGCGACGAUGAACCAGUUGACGAAGAUAUGCCAACAGACUUAAGCAUGGCGGCGUCAGAACCAUGGCGAAAACGUGCGCGACCCGAUCCCGCAAAUAUUCCAUCCCAGCAUGACAAGCAUCGCAUCAGUACCCUCAUUGGGGAUAACUUAAUAUUAAAACGUGAAACUGAUUACAGUGCAGAAAGUUACGCACUGAAUCUCAGAAGUGAUAAGUGUGAACAAUGAUCAUCAAUUAUUAACAAAAAGGGACACUUUCAGUGCAGUACGUCUUUAUGUGUAUAAUAUAGGAUAAGUAUUAUUAAAGAUGUGCAACGACUCCACUCCACCUACUAAAACUCUAGUCAAUUUUCUCUCAGAACCAUUAAUU